AUGGUCGGCAAGACGCCAUCCAAGACGACGACGUCGGCCUCUAGCACCAGGCCACCCAAAGCUGCGCCCACCGUCCAGGACACGAGAGACCAGCAGCGGCUGCUCGACGUCUUCGCCCACGCCUUUGGCAGCGUGCUGGCCUCGGACGACUUCCCUGCCGUUCUGCAGGAGAUCAAGCAGGCCCUGUUCAGGCGCGACUUUGCCGCCGCCUUCGCCAGCCAGAGGUGCCUCGAUGCAUAUGCUGCGCGAUGGAGUCCGACGAGGGCGCUUUGCUACGCCGCCGUGCUCCGUGCCGUGGGAGACCAUGUGCGCCAGAUGCUCGGGGCCGACGGGAGCGCAGAUGAGCUUCUCCACGGCUCCAAAAUCUUCAGUAUGCUCUCCAUCGGGGGCUGUGCCGCCGAACACGUUGCCUUUGCCCACUACAUCCACGACACCGCCUCCCAAGGCGCCCUCACCCUCCUAGACGCCGCGCCCUGGUCCCAUGUGACGUCCCGGCUUCAGGAAAUCCUCACCUCGGCCCCGCCACUCUCCAAUUAUGCCUCGGCCGCCGCCAAAGCUUCGAACCAGCCUCUCCUCCUCGACUCGCAGCUAUCCACUACCUUUUGCCAAAGCGACGUCUUGUCGCUGACGCGCGACAGACUCGCAGGGCUGGUCGGCGCCGAUCCACUGCUCGUCACGCUCCUGUUCACUCUCAACGAGCUGUACACGGACGGCGGGCUGGGCAAGACGACGGCCUUUCUGCGGUCGUUGGGAGGCGCGCUGGCCUCGCGGAGCUUGCUCCUCGUAGUCGACAGCCCUGGUAGUUACUCCGAGGCUGCGGUGGGCAAGGAAAAGAAGCGCUAUCCCAUGCAGUGGCUGCUCGACCACACGCUGCUCGGCGCCGAGGCGCGGGACCAUCACUGGGAGAAGCUGGAAUCGCAUGACUCCGUCUGGUUUCGCCUCCCCGAGGGCUUGUCGUACCCGAUCCAGUUGGAGAACAUGCGAUAUCAGAUGCAUCUGUAUCGAAUACACAAGCCCUAG